AUGGCAGAUAUCAAAGAGUACACCACAGACGACGUAGCUGGUCACAAUACAAGAGACAACUUGUGGGUUGUUGUUAAUGGGAAUGUAUACGAUAUCACCCCUUAUGUUAGGGAUCACCCUGGAGGCGCCGAUGUGCUGAUUGAAGCGGCUGGGAGUGAUGCGACCGAAGCAUACGAAGACGUUGGCCAUUCAGAGGACGCUGAUGAGAUCCUCCAAACAUACCUUAUCGGAACGUUGAAAGGCGCACAAAAACAGGUUCGCCGUGAAGCAGUCCGCUUAAUCCAGCCUACAACUCCUCCGACACCAGCUUCUACAAAGGGUUCGGGGUUGCUCAGAUCCGCAGCUCUUGCGACAGUCUAUCUCAGCGGGGCGGCCGUUUCACUGUACUUUGGCCGUCGGUUAUAUGCGACCCUGCCAACGUCUCCGUCUGGGAUGUCAGAACUUCGGCGUAUGUUUAAAUUACCCAGUACGCGGUUUACUCCGGGUGAUUUCUACACCGGCUUCGCGGCCGCAACUGGCAUUUUCGCCGUCGUCGGCUCGUUUGUCGCCAGCAAGCUAUCGGAGUUCACAAAGAUCAAGUCCGGGUUCACAAAAUACCCUCCAUACAUGAAGUGCCGCAAGGUUGCUCGGACAAAUCCCCACCUCGUGAAGGGAUUCCUCGACGCGAAGGAAUACAAGAGUCUGCGGCUUAUUCGCAAAGACGCUCUUUCGACGAGUGUAUAUAAGUUUGUCUUUCAGUUGCCAAGGCCCCAGGACGUGCUCGGUCUUCCUAUCGGUCAGCACGUAGCCAUCAAGGCUAAUAUCGACGGGACUGCAGUGUCAAGGUCAUACACCCCAACAUCAAAUAACCUAGAUAAGGGUCUGUUGGAGCUGGUGAUCAGAUGUUACCCCGAUGGCCUGCUGACGGGGAAGUAUCUCGAGAAUCUGGAGGUCGGCGACGAGGUUCAAUUCCGGGGUCCCAAGGGCGCAAUGAAAUACUCCAAGAGUCUAUGUAACAAGAUUGGCAUGAUCGCAGGCGGCACCGGAAUCACCCCAAUGUACCAACUUAUCCGAGCGAUCUGCGAGGAUCCAACUGAUCUCACAGAAGUCAGUCUGAUCUAUGCUAAUCGCACGGAAGAUGAUAUUCUGCUCCGCCGUGAGCUGGAAGCUUUUGCGACGGCGUAUCCCCAGAACCUCAAGAUCUGGUAUAUGCUGGAUACGCCACCGGAGAAGUGGUCGUUUGGAAAGGGGUUUGUUACUGCGGAGAUUAUGAAGGAAAGGUUGCCCGCUGCGGCACCCGAUUGCAAGGUGAUGCUCUGUGGUCCGCCGGGGAUGGUGAAUGCGUCGAAGAAGGCUUUGGUUUCUAUGGGAUUCCAGGCUCCUGGGGCUGUUGCGAAGAUGUCAGAUCAGAUAUUCUGUUUUUAA